GGUACGACGUUCGGUGUUCUGGUUGAAAGUCUUUUUAAAUUUAUUUUUUGGGGAGGCCGGCCAAGUGGAAAUCGUGUGAUUUGUGUGUGCGAUGGACAGAAUUUAGGGCGGUGGUACCUAUUUGUUUAUUUUUUUAGUUACUUGUGUCGACUUGGAGAUACGCAAGAUGCUGAUAUUGGAGCUUCAAAGUGCUGAUUAUGACGAGCUCUACAAGAACGGUACCAACGGCGGAGUACUCGACGCAGCCUUCAGGAAGGUCAACAGGAACUCGACUGGCUUCGCCAUAUGGAGGGUCGAGAGCAUGUCUUUGGUGGCCGUACCGAGGGACCAGUACGGCAUCUUCUUCGACACCGACUCCUACAUCAUCUACGCAGCAUCCUUGUGGGACCAGCCGGCCGGAACGGACACAGUGAGCAAAGAAAUUAAAGGAGGUAAUUUGGAAUACCACAUCCACUUUUGGUUGGGGACUAACACGACCCCUGAAAAAUCCGGAGUUGCUGCCUAUAAAUCCGUGGAAUUAGACAACUUGUUGAACACUCAUUCCACACAGCACAGGGAAACGCAGGGCAAUGAAAGUUCCAGAUUCCUCAGCUACUUUAAAAACGGAUUCAAAGUUUUGAAGGCGGAUUUGAUCAUGAACGGCAUCAAAUCCCAUCCGAAAUUGUAUAAGAUUAAGGGUAAACGAAAACCAGUCUUGACCGAAAUGACCAACGUGUCUUGGGAUCAUUUCAACAGCUCCGAAGUGUUUAUUUUGAGAACCGAAAAGACUCUCUACAUUUGGAUUGGGCGGGCUGCAAAUGCUGUUGAAAAGAUGCACGCCACUAAAAUUUGUUUGGAGAUGAAGGAUGAGCUAAAGGUGGACAACAUUGUGUUCGUCGAUGAUGGCUAUGAGAAAACCAUGAAUGAGGACUUCAAGAAAGAUAUUGAUAGAUACUUGCCAUUGGAUAAACGACAUAUUUUACCCGAAAAUGGCAACAACGAAGAUGCAAACACACUAGCAGGAAGAAGCAACAUUAGAUUGUAUAAAUGUUCCGAGUCCAACGGAAAAUACAGAGUGGCCGAGCUCGGAACUGGUCCAUUUUUGCAGUCAGACUUAAACUCAGAUGAUGUUUAUAUUUUGGAUCAUGAAGCCAAUGGUAUUUGGGUCUGGGUCGGAAAGCGAGCCCCAGAUAAGGAAAGAUCCGAAGGUUUGAGGAACGCCAGAGGCUUCGUCAAGAAGAAGAAGUAUCCCAGUCACACCAAAGUCACCAGAGUCGUCGACGGACAUGAACCAACCGAGUUUAAAAUGCUCUUCCCAUUUUGGAAAAGUGAACAACAAUCGAAACUAAACAAACCAAAGAUGCUGGUGUCGAAAUUUGACGCCGAAACAAUGGAGGACCGACCGUUCUUGGCGGCCGAAACACAGUUAAUCGACGAUGGUUCCGGUAGCAUCACGAUAUGGCGCGUUAGACAGAACAACAUAGUUGAAAUACCAAAGGAACGUCACGGAUUUUUCUUCUCCGGUGACUGCUACAUUAUUCUUUACAGCUACCAACCCACUACCGAAUUGAAACACUUGCUCUAUUGUUGGUUGGGAUCACACGCGACACAAGAAGACAUAAAUUGCACAACCCAAAAGGUGGGUGAGAUCGACGACGAGCUGGGUCAUCUCGGAUUUCAAGCCCGGUUGAUUCAAGGAAGAGAGACGGCUCACUUCCUUCAGCUGUUCGGCGGGAAGUUCAUCGUUUUCAAAGGAAAAGGAAGUGACUUCGACGACUCGGGCAGGAAUUUGAAGAACCCGUCGCAGUACAUGUUGCAGAUUUUCGGUUCGACUUUGUACAGCAGCAAAGCGGUACAAGUACAUGCUAAGGCGUCCUCCCUGAAUUCGAAUUAUUGUUUCGUUAUUAAAAGAGGAAAGAAGUCGCACGUUUGGUGUGGAAAUUAUUCAACCGGUGACCAAAGAGAAAUGGCAAAGUUGUUUGCUGGAAAAGAUUUUGAACUCGUCCUUGAAGGAAAGGAAAAGGACGACUUCUUCAACUUGAUUGGAGGUAAAGCUCCUUACGCUACACAAUUGAUAAAAAAUGAUGCAGAUCCAAGACUUCCGAGACUAUUCAAUUGUUCUAGUUCUCUUAAUAACUUUAAAGUUGAGGAAAUAUUGCAUUUUACACAGAAAGAUCUAAUUCCGGAAAAUAUAAUGUUGUUGGACAUGCACGACUGUUUGUACAUAUGGAUAGGAAAAUUAAGUUCAAGAGAAGACCAAAGAUUAAGUAUCCAAAUGGCGAUUGAAUAUCUUCAAUCUGACCCAGCUGGAAGAGAUAUGAACAUUGCCAUUAUUAAUAUAAAACAGGGCAAGGAACCACCAACUUUCAUAGGACUAUUUCCAACAUGGGACAGAAAAUGUUGGAAGCAUUACAAGUCGUUUGGCAAAAUACGUCAUGACAUAGAAGCUACAAAUACCAACAACAAUGGCAAAACUAAUGGUUGGACACAGGAAAAGUCCGGACAUAGUGACUUCGAUCAAUUUGAUAAGUAUCCAAUUAAUAUUUUGAAGGGCCCUAAUGACAAGCUUCCUGCUAGAAUUGACCCACUUAAUAAAGAGUUACACCUGACCCACGACGAUUUUGUGACUCUAUUCAAGAUGAUUUACGUAGAUUUCGAGAAGUUGCCAAGAUGGAAGCAGCAGGAAUUAAAGAAGAAAGUUGGACUAUUUUAAUGGAAUUUAUUUAAAUCAUAUUUACAUAUCUUUUUCAUUAUUGUAGAGAAUAUUUGUUUAUGUACUACUAUUAUAGUACUUACGUUGUUAUUAAUAAAUAUUUAUGCUAAUG